CUGCUUUUAUUUACAGUUUAUAAUAUUGCUGUGCAAGCAUGGGAAGAAGCCGUCAAGGAAGUGUUAUCUGCUGCUCUACCAGAGGCUGCAAAUGACAAGACGUUUUUGAGUGAAGUCAUAGCUUAUGAUUUUUCACAGGAAACAAGUCAAAGAGAGUUUCAAGAUAUUCACGAUGAGCUCAAUCGCCAAUGUGAGGAACUCUCGGCGGAAAUUGUGGAGAACCGUUUCAUUCGAAUGGAUUUGGAGCAUCAACUUCAGGAAGCAAAUGAUGUUAUUGAGGUUUUGUCUGCGAUUAUAACGCAACUACAGCAGAUUUCCCCUGAUACUGUAGAGGACUCUGAUUAUGUCUCAAGCUCCAAUAUAGCUAGUUUGCCUGCGGAAUAA